CUAUACUUCCUAUCCUAAUAGGUCUAAUUGAGUACACUCCUCAACAUAUUUAGGGCUACUACAUAUUUCUAUCCCGCAGCAGUAUUCUACUCGAUAACACAUACUCUAAGCGGAGCGCUCUCUUUCUCUAUCUGAAUCGCCCACGCAUGCUCGUACAUUUCACAUCUUCUUCGGCAAACAUGCCUCACCAAUUCAGCCACGCCAUUUUCAUCUCUUAAAUUUCCGACUAAUCUUGUCUUUCUCAUUCAGAAAUCGUUUGAAGCAUCUUCUUAAUUUUUAUUUGAGCUCGAUUUCUCAUUAGCGUUUUUUUUUUCCAAACCCUAGAAAAUGUCAGGCGGAUUCUUUCGGGGUACAUCGGCCGAUCAAGAUACUCGGUUCUCGAAUAAGCAGGCGAAGUUGCUUAAGACGCAGAAGUUUGCUCCAGAACUGGAACAUUUGGUUGAUAUUACGAAAGUGAAAAUGGAUGUCAUCAAGCCGUGGAUUGCUAAAAGAGUUACUGAAUUUCUCGAAGGAUUUGAAGAUGAAGUGCUCAUUAACUUCAUCUAUACUCUUCUCGAAGGAAAGGAGGUUAAUGGAAAGAAGAUCCAGAUUCAACUUACGGGUUUUAUGGAAAAAAAUACCGGUAAGUUCAUGAAAGAACUUUGGGCACUUCUCCUCAGUGCCCAGAAGAAUGCUAGUGGUGUUCCCCAACAAUUCCUGGAUGCUAAAGAGGAGGAAACUAGGAAGAAAAUGGUAGAGACGGAUCGUAUCUUUAAUGAAAUCCAGAGAAGGGAGGAAAAGGAAGUUAGAGAGUCCCAGCAAGAGAAAGAGAGGCAAAUGGAUGAUGGGACCGGAAAUAAUCGUGCUGAGGAUUCAAAUGGAAGGCGAGAAAGAGGUUCUGGUGUGCAGUCUGGAGAUGAAAAAGGAGCUGAUGCGCAAAAUGGAUUUAGAGGAAGAUCUAGGGCAUCUAAUUCACCAUCUGAUCAUUCACAAUCGCCUCAUCGUGAAAAAAGUCUGUCGAGGAGUAUAUCUGUUUCCCCUGGGGCAAAGAAGCGAUCAGUUUCACCUCAAGGGAAACGUCGGCCUCCACGAAGAUCCAUCACUCCUAUAAGACAGUCUUCUCGAGAGUCCAUGUCUCCAAGGCGGAGGUCUUUUUCUAGAAGGUCACCCUCUCCCUUGAGGCGUAGAGCCCGUUCUCCUGUUCGGAGAAGGUCUCCAUCUCCUUUUCGACGUCGGUCACCUUCUCCUGCUAGGAGGUCACCAUCUCCUUCUAGGCGUCGAUCACGAUCACCUGUUAGGCGUUGGUCACGGUCACCUGCUAAGCGUCUGUCACGGUCACCUGUUAGGCACCGCUCUCCUCCCAGGCGGCGCAGAUCACCCUCUCCUUGGCGCCGGCGAUCACCAUCCCCUGGGAGACACAGAUCACCUCCCCCUAGCCGUCGUAGUAGGAGAUCCACUUCAAGUCCAAGGUCUCGGUCCCCAGUCAAGAGCAGAUCUCCAUCUCCUUUUCGACGUCGGUUCUACUCUCCUGCCAGAAGGUCUUCCUAUGCAGCCCGGCGCAGGUCUCCAUCUCCUGCCCCUCGGCACAGAUCUCCUUAUCCCGCUCGGCGCAGGUCUCCAUCUCCCACCCGGCGCAGGUCUCCAUCUCCCACCCGGCGCAGGUCUCCAUCUCCUGCUCAGCGAAGGUCUCCAUCUCCUGCCAAGCGAAGAUCUCCAUCUCCUGGCCGUCGUAAGACUUCAUAUCCUGCUCGGCAUAGGUCUCCUUCGCCAAGGAGCCGCAGAUCUUUAUCUCCUGUGGAUCGUAGAUCAUUAUCUCCAAUACAGGAAAGGUCACCUGUUCCAGGUCGCAGGAGAACAAGUACUCUAACUCCCAGCAGGUCUCCAUCACCUGCUAGUCAAUUAUCAGGGUCACCUGUCAGGCAUAGUUCUGCUUCACCAGUUAAAAUGACAUCACCCCGGCUUCAGAAAUCUCUUAAUGGGUCCCCUCGAGAAAGAAACAGGAACCUUGAACCUGCUACAAUAAUGUCUCGUAGACAACCUAUUUCACUGUCCCCUCAGAGAGAUCAUUCUAUAAGAAGGGAGUCGAACAGAAAAGUGCCACCUGUUGCUGCUUCUCCAGAGAAGUCGCCACAUGUAGAAGUGCGAAACCAGAAUUUCGAUAAAGAUAGGAGGUUGGCGAGUCUUGAAAAUAGAGUUGGAGAGAAAUUAGUGCCGAAUGGUAGUCAAAGUCCUAUUAAAUCAAGAGACCAGAGAGUUCGCCGUGUAAGCCCAGAAACAACUGUAGAGAGACAACAAAGUGACAGGAAGUACGAGGACAAGAAAUUAGAAGAAAGAAAAUCUGGACGCUCAUCCGUUGUCAAGCAAAGGGAGUCUCCUGAUCGUCCUACCAGUGAAGAAGCAUCUUUGAAGGAAGUUCAUCAUCUAAAAAAGUCACCACACAGAGUUUCUUUGACAGGCGAUAGGCCUGACACUUAUACUGGUGACUUUUCCAAAUUUGAUGAGAAGAGAAAUUCCCAAGCGAAAGAUGUUGGGAACAAUAUGUCUGAGUCCUUGGUAAAGUCACAUAAAAAGCGGAGAAGCUCUGCUUACUCUGAUUCUGAAUCAGAGGGAAGUGACAAGCAUACUGGAAAAAGGAAGCGUAGAAGGUCAAAACGAAAGGAAGUCACAUCGGAUGAUACAAGCUCUGAAUCUGAGAUAGAGGAUAGAAAGGAAGCUAAGAGAAAAAAGAAGGAAGAGAGGAAAGCACGUAAGGAGGAGCGACGUAGACGCCGUGAGGAGCGGCGUCGGAAGAGAGAGGAGAAGCGUGCUAGUAAGAGGAAGCCAAAGUCAAAUGAUGCUGAUGCUUUGUCUUCUGGUCCAGAAAAUAUUGAGAAGGAUGUCAAUACAUCAAAUGAUGGACGUCGUAAGAAGUAUUCAAGUGAAGAAGAGACUGAAUCACAGAAAAAGAGACUUGAGAUUGAAUUACGUGAAAAGGCUCUCGAGUCAUUGAGGGCAAAAAAGGGCAUUAGCCAUUAAAAUUUGUUUUCUUUUUUGAACUUUUGAUGUUCCCUUCGUUUUAUUUGCAACACCAAACAUUUCCUAUUACUUUGUUUUAUCAUGUGUUAUGAUGUACUUUAUAUCUUUAUAUUAAUGUAGUUCAUAUAUAUUGAUGUGGUC